AUGUUUAAAUCAGUAUUUCCGAAAUUUAAUAAAGAGUCUUUUAGUCAACGCUUGGAAAAAGUUCCGAAAGAGUUUCACAAAUAUAUGGUAGAGCAACAACGUUUUAUCCGUCUUCGUCAGUCAGCCGAAGCAAUUCUCAAACGUAAAAAGCCUUUACUUGAAGAAAUGGUUUCAAAAGUACAUGAUCACGAACGUAAAAACAUGGAUGUGUAUGUUUUACAGGAUUCAACAUUACCGCGUGAUCUUGUACUCAUCUUCCGCCGCGAUAAAUCGGGCGCAUACAAUAAUGUCUCAUCACCUGAAAUUGAUCGUCUGCGAACAAAGAUUCAACACUGUAAAGAAGAGAUUAUUAGACUUCAAGAACAAAUUUAUCCUCGUGGAACUGAAAACGGACUUUCACCCGAAGAGAAAUACGAUCGAAUCCAUCCUAAAGGGUACUAUAAGAACGAAGCCGCGACUCGACGACCGACGAAAUUAGAACAUGAUAUUAAUACUACUGAAUUCUCAGUUUGGGACAAGCCCGAUACUCGAACGCCAUUCCAAAAAGGUGAUGAACCAGUACUUUCCGAUUUAAUAAAAGCUGGGGUAUAUGUAUAUCCAGUUCGCCCAGUAAACUGGAAAACACCGACCGAUGUUGAAACACCACCAGAACGUAUUCAUGUAACCUACUGUGAUCAUAUUGAAAAUACAGAGGAGACUUCAGAAUCAGAUGAAGGCCGUGAAAACUAA